UGCAUCAUAGUCAUCAGCCAUAGUCUAUUUACUUCUGGAUGAAGGCCUCCCCAAGCCGCUGCCACCUCUCAUGAUCCUGCGACGUAACAAUCCACCCAGUAACCCCUCUCCAUUUGAAUCGCUCCAUCUCCACCAGGGUGGCCGUUCCGUAUCUCGAACGCGAUCCGAUCCUCCACCGCCGCUCCGUCGUUCGUUUCGCCCGCCAGCCAUCGUCGUCCCUAGUGGCCGUGACGAGUGCUGCUGCCCGGGCCCCGCUCGCGUCUCCCAGCGGGUGGGGGUGGAUGAUCGUGACACUGCCCUGCUGCGUGAGUCCUCCCGUCCACACGCGGUGGCGAUGCCGUGGGGAGGCCCAGGCGGUGCGGAGUGAUGAGGCACAGGCUACACGGCGAGUGUUGCUGGGGAGCAGCUGAUUGAUGCUUAUGGCCAGGUGCUGGCUCUUCUCACGGUGCCGGCUGCCGGCCUCGUGGCACUUCAGCUGCGCCGCGUGCGCCGCCGUCGCCGCCAUUCCGCGCGCGCCCCCGGGCGCCACCGCCGCCGCCUCCUCGUGCUGCCUGGGAGCGGGGGGGGCAGGCGGGGCGCCCCCCGCACCACGCAGGCUGCUGGCGCUGCUGCUGGCGCUGGCCGCUUUGGUGCUGCUGUGCGGCCUCUACGUGCUGGGGGCGGCGCACUCGGCCGGCGCGCGGCGCCCGGAGAGUCGUGCCCUUGAGAGGUUCCUGGAGCACAUGCUGCAGGCGGAGGCCACGGACACGCUGGAUGCGGCGCUGUCGUACGGCGUGGUGGUGGACUGCGGUAGCAGCGGCACGCGUGUCUUCGUGUACGUGUGGCCGCCGCACAAUGGCAACCCGCACGACCUCCUCGACAUCCGGCAGAUGCGAGACCGCAGUCGCAACCCCGUGGUGAAGAAGAUCAAGCCCGGGAUCUCCACGCUGGCUCCUAGCCCCGAGAAGGCGAGCGACUACAUCCGGCCGCUGCUCAGCUUUGCGGCGUCGCACAUCCCCCUGGGCAAGCACAGGGAGACGCCGCUCUACAUCCUGUGCACUGCCGGCAUGAGGUUGCUGCCCGACAGUCUGCAGGAGGCAAUCCUGGAGGACCUGCGCACCGACAUCCCGCUCGAGUUUGACUUCCUCUUCUCCGACUCGCACGUCGAGGUCAUCUCGGGCAAGCAGGAGGGUGUGUACGCGUGGAUUGGCAUCAACUUUGUUCUGGAUCGCUUCAAUCACGUGGAGGAAGAGGAGGACGAGGGGGAGGAGGCGGUGGGACCCGACGGGGGGGCUCCCCACGCGGGCGGGGGGAGGAAGCGCACCGUGGGGAUCUUGGACAUGGGCGGAGCGUCCACGCAGAUCGCGUACGAGGUUCCCAAGAGCGUAAGCUUCAGCAGCAGCGCCGCACAGGAGGAGAUCGCGAAGUCGUCUCUGGCCGAGUUCAACCUGGGCUGCGACGAACACCACACGCAGCACAUCUACCGCGUGUUCGUCACCACCUUCCUGGGCUCGGGUGCCAACGCCGUGCGCCAGCGCUACGAACAGGCGCUGCUCAACGUGACCGACGCUGCCGCGGCCACGGCAGUGAACGGCGACAACGGAACCGCGCGCGCCUCCGCUGCGCGGGCGUCUCCGUCCGUGGCGCUCGUCCCUGCGGUGGGAGGCGCCCCGGCCCCCCCCCUCGUGGACGACCCCUGCCUCCCGGCGGAGGCGGCGGACACGGUGGAGCGGCGAGGCGGUGCAGAGGGGGGCACCGAGGGGGGCACCCCCCCUCGCCGACUGCUCCUGCGUGGCGCCGGAGACUUUGAUGGGUGCCGGGCGGCCGUGCGGCCCUUCUUAACCGGUGCGUUGCGGCCGCCCCUGGACCUGCCGGCCCUCGCCGGCGCCGGGGAGUUCUACGGCUUCUCAGAGUUCUACUACUGCACCGAGGACGUACUGAGGAUCGGCGGGGCCUACGACGCCCGCAGAUACGCCAAGGCCGCGGCGGAAUACUGUGCGACGCGCUGGGGCACGCUGGUGGAGCGCUUUGAGCGCAAACUCUACUCGCCGCACGCCGACACGCACCGCCUCAAGUACCAGUGCUUCAAGUCGGCGUGGGUUUAUGAGAUGCUGCACUCCGGCCUGGGCUUCCCCGAGAGCUACGCUGGGCUCCGCACCGCACAGCUCGUGUACGACAAGGAGGUGCAGUGGACGCUGGGAGCCAUCCUCUACCGCACACGCUUCUUACCACUCAGGGACAUGAAUCAGCAGCAGGGAGUGGGGGAGGGUCCGCGUGGGCCCCGCUCCCCAUGGCGCCGCUACUCCUCCUUCUUCUACAACCCCCACCUCUUCUCUGCCUGCUUCCUCGUCGUCGCUCUCGCCAUCUUGCUGUACCUCCUCCGUCUGCGUCGCAUCCACCGCCGCCUGGCGGCCAGCUCCCCUGCCUCGUCCGCCUCCUCUGCGCUACUGUGGAUGGAAGAGGGCGGUGCCCCCUGAGUAGGAGCGAGGGGGCUUCUCGGGGUGUCCAGCCCCAGGGGGUCGGGAGGUCGGAGUUGUGGCGGCAGGAAGGUGGCGGCGGUUGCGCCGAGCGCGACGCUCGCCACGACGUUAGCCGGUGUUCGGGAUCGUAGAGUAUCGUUGGAGGUCGCCGUCGUGAGGACAUCGAAGCUGGUUCGCCGACGGCCGAUUGACGUUGACCACCGUGUGCGGUGCAGGACCCAGACCACUAUUCCCACGGACGGGCCCCCCACAACCAACCCUGUCUAAUUAACUUCUCCCCUCAGAAUCUUGUAACCAGGCAUCUGGCACCCACUGCAGAGCUGGUGCAGUUGCACCGCCUGUGCACUCAUUAACAGCAACGUUGGAUGUACAUUCUAGUGGUACCGUUGGGGUAGCGAGAGAUGGCUGGAGAAAGAUCUAUAUAUAGAAAGCAAUCAUCCCAAUGCUUGGAAGUGUGCUGCUUGUAUAAUUUAUCACGGUGAUGUGUGUGUAUAUUUGCUCGCGUGAAAUGAAUGCUGCAGAUAAUUUCUGCACGUCUGAUUGUACGUACUUCCCAUUGUGUGUGUGUGUGUGCGUGCGUAGCGGGUAAUGCAUUGUGCUACUAUCCCGGCAACCCAAGUUCGCUUCCAGCUCGACGCCAACACCGGUGACAUUAUCUUAAUCCAUCUGCCUCCCCGAGGUCGACUCAGCCUCAAAUACAUAUCUGGUGCAGUGUGUAAACAGCAUUGGAAACAAAGGCGGCCAGGCAACUCAUUUCAACACCAAGACAUUCAGUGUCUCAUCAGUGCUGGUAACUCGUGCCCCUCAUGUGUUGCACAAGUCUUGAUAGGUGCACAGACACAGUUCCCCCGUAUAGCCUUAGACUGUAGGGGCAAGUGCUGUGAGCGAGUAGUACCUAUGAAGGUCGGCACAGCACAAGGGGGUGGAUGGACAAUACCACGUCUGGCCGCCUUUGUCUCCCUAGUGGUGAUGUUUACACAGCAGGGUUCGCAGUGCAGCGUGCUAACUGCUGCGCCACCGUUCCGCCCACGUGCACAGACACAAGUGGAAGCGACCAGGGUGGUGUGGGGUUGGCUCCCUGACGUUUACUGAGUGGUGAAUGAGCGUGCGAGCGUGAAUCUUGUGGAUGGAAUAAAGCGCACAUCCUCCCAACCAGCAGUGCCCUCUGGGUGGUUCACAACACCCAACAACAUUUACACCAUGAAGUGGCAGCUACUCAAACACGAUGCUAGCCGAGGCACAGCACAAACAAAUAUUCCACACCACUGAAGAACUUGGGACGCGUUGGCAAGUCUGCUUCUUAUUCACGUUCAGCGCUGGGCAAUUUUGAUUUAGCGUGUUCACUCUGGGGAAGCCUCACCGAGUCUCAUAACUUUAGGAAGAUCCUGCCAAGUUUUUGGAGUAGGGGGUGAUGCUGCUGUGUGUUACCCCAAUUGAGUGAUUUUCAGGGAGUGUCAGCAUUAGGAUGUUUGACCAAUAUCAAUUACUGUAUUUUUAAUUAAAAAUUUGGAGGAAACCCAUGCAUAACAAAAGGAGAACAUACAAUAAACUCAAAGGUGUCCGAAGUCUAAAGUCAAACCCAGGCUCUGCUUGCAGCGAGGCACGGGCAUUAACCACUGUGCUGCUGCCCAGUUAGCAGCAGCGUGCGUUUAAACAUCGACCAUGGCCCCGGUUGUUGAUGCCACCAAUUCCUUCCACCUCCAUUGCACCUCACAGGAGAUGUGCAGCAACAAACCACGACAUGCCACAAGCUGCUCUUAAGACUGCCCUAACAUUGAUGAAUGGUAUUUGAGAACUGCUAAUUUCCUCCCACAUGCAGAAAUACUUAUCCUGCUACACAUGGUGUUCCCAGGUAUCCGACCAAGUACUUGCCAGGCUGGCAGAAUCGGUCAACGACUUGGGAAGAUCCAACACGCAGGAACGGAGUGUUUUAAGGUUUAUGGUAAUGUUGCUCUGCAGCCAAUGGUUUGAAUCAGACCGCACGGGAUGAGACAAACGAGAUGAGAAAAGCAUUUCCACAGAAAAAAU